CUCGGUUCUCUUGCAUUCCCUUCCUUCGUCUGGAUAUCUGAACUCCAAAUACAAGAUGAACGCCCCAGAUCGGUAAGAAUUAUUCUUAGUUAGAAGCAUGGCUCUUCCUUCUGUUCAUAUCAGUAUCCAUCGUUUCAAAUCAAGGACGUGUACAUGGAUGCAGCUGUACGAGCUCUCUGCGCUCCGAGUUUUUGUCAUUUAUCGAUUGACUCCAACCUUGGAGAUUUUGCAUGGCAAUUGCUCUCGUUCAUUCCACCCUUUCCCCAUAAAUUCCCCGUCACACUGGUUGGUGUUUGCUGCUCCUAUUUCUCCAUCUUGAUUCGUUCUUUUGUACAUCUCCCAUCACCGAGCCAUUACUGCCUGCUCCGAGUCAUUGUCACGUUAGACGGCUGCAGCCAUGAGUCCGAGCAAGGAAUAUCUCCUGCCGCCGGAGACAGCCUAUGCUCGUUGGAGACAUGGCAACGGCGGGCCUCGAGUAGGCUGUCAGUCUACGAUCAAUGUGUCUCAUGACCAGCAGCAAAGCUACGAGUCCUUUGUGCUCGCCAGUGGCGAAAGCAAAGUCGAGAUGGAGAUAGAUACUCGCAUCCCCUCUUCCGCUAUCUUCACCUUCAACAAAGAGGAUCACACUCUAGGGAAUUUGAUCCGUUCUCGCCUGCUACAGAGCUCUCACGUCCUCUUUGCUGCGUAUAAGGUGCCUCAUCCGCUUGUGCCGCAGUUUCUGCUACGCGUACAGACAGAUGGCGAGAUCACUCCCAAAGAAGCUGUCAUUACCGCUUGCCAUGAGCUCGUGCGUGACCUGGGUAUUCUCUCCCGAGAAUUCACUAAAGAGUAUGAGCUCCGUAAGAUGGUGGGGGCCACUCAACAGCAGAACGGUGGUCAGGAUGGACAAUACGCUCGUCCCGGCCAACCCCCUUUCGUGCCGCAGCCGCAGCCGCAGCCGCAGCAGCAGCAGCAGCAGCAGCAGCAGCAGCAACAAACCCCCUACUCGCCAUUUCCUUCCGGCCAACCACAGCAACAACAACAACAACAACAAACUGGCUUCCUUCCUCAGCCAACCGGCUAUGGGCCUCAGCUGGUCGGGCUAGGAGGCUCACAGCUACAGCCUCAAUCUACGGGAUUCCCCACCGGGCAGCUGCAGCCUCAAUUUACUGGUUACCCUGGAGCAUUAUCACAAUCGCUUCAGAAUGGUUAUCAGGUUUCAGCUCAGCAACCACAAUACACGGGGCUUUCCCCCCAGCCGCAGACUGCGCAGUUCCAAGUCCCAUCGAAUACAGGUCUCACUGUUCGACCUGCUCCUAGGACGUCAACGGAAAUGGCAGACUCAUUUCAGGGCAGUUCUGGUAUGGCGCCGCCGCCGCCGCCUAAGUCAGCCGGGAAUAAGAUUCCCAAUAUCAGGCUGUCAUUCAUCACGGCGCAGGACCAGGCCAAAUUUGAACAGCUCUUCAAAUCUGCCGUGGGGAAUAAUCACACCAUGAGUGGAGAGAAAGCCAAGGAGCUCCUACUACGGUCGAAUCUUUCGGGAAGUGAUCUAUCCAAGAUCUGGGUUCUAUCUGAUUCUACCAAAUCAGGGCAGUUGUUUUUCCCCGAGUUCGCUUUGGCAAUGUACCUAUGCAACCUCCGGAUCACGGGCAGGGAUCUCCCGGAGGCCCUUCCCGAGAAAAUCAAGAACGAGGUAUCUAGCAUGGUUGACAUAAUCUCUUUCCAAGUCCCGGAUACACAACCGGAGCCCGUCGCGAGGACAAAUGUCCCUAACUUUGAUGGCCCAAUAAUGGAAAAUCAAGCUAUCCCUUCAGCUCCAAAGCAGCCCCAGCCUCAGCAACCUACCAACGCCCAGCUUUUGACUCAGCUCGCGGCGCAGCACACGGGCUUCCCUCAAACGAGCGGCUUCCAGCAAAAUCAGUCAUCGUUUUCAGGCCAAGGCUCUCUUCCUUCGCAAAUCACAGGUCUACCUGGGCAAUCUCGGCAGCAAGAUUUGCGGCCCCAGCCAACAGGUUUCAUGCCUAACCCGCAACCCACGGGUUAUAGCGGGCAUCGCCCUCCUAUUCCACCGAUGCCUACCGGUCCCGGGUACAGCCUUAGUCCUUCACAAACCGGGGCCGCCCUUGGGUUAGUUGCGCAGCCUACCGGUGUUCCCGGACAAUGGGGCUUCGUCAAUGCCCCGUCGUCGGGGUUGCCUAAUAUUGAAGCUCUCAAGCAACAACUCAUGCCGCAACCAGGACGCGAAGGAGGCUUUUCCGCUGCUGGUCUUUCGGGCAACGCUCGCAUUCCGUGGGCUAUCACAAAAGAGGAGAAAAAGAUUUAUGAUGAUCUGUUCCGAGCAUGGGAUGGGUUUCGCAAAGGCUUCAUUGGCGGUGAUACUGCGAUCGAGAUUAUGGGCCAAAGCGGCUUAGACAGGAAAGACUUAGAGCGGAUUUGGACGCUGGCAGAUCCUCACAAUAGAGGGCGUCUUAACAUGGACGAAUUCGCUGUUGCGAUGCAUCUAAUCUAUAGGAAGCUCAAUGGGUAUCCAGUGCCUAGCCGCCUACCACCGGAGCUUGUUCCCCCAUCAACCAGGAACUUGAAUGAUUCUAUUGGCACAAUAAAGUCUAUGCUUUCACAGGAUGCAGAAACACGGAAAGCUUCAGGCGCGUUUCUACAGCCGCAGAAGACCGGUGUUAGCUAUCUGAAAGAGCAUUCAUUCCGUGGCGGUUCAGCUUCUCCGGGAGCCGGCCGUAAAGAUGCCACUUUGUUCAAGAACAACGACGAGGCAGCUGCCGGUUAUCGCUCCAGCGCUCGUCGUCGUGUAGGUAACAGUGGUCGGACACCGUCCCCUGCUACUUCACAGGCACCUGAAGAGGAAUUUUCUAUCGAACAAUUGAAGAAGAAGUUGCGCGAGGCGCAGAUAAUGCUCGAUGCGGUGGACUUUCAGGACGAGAAUCAGGCCGAGGAGGAUGAUGCUUUAGAUCGGCGAGACCGGAGAGAGGCGGAAAGCCUGAUGGGUCGCAUUCGACGUGUGCAAGAUGACAUUGACACCCACCCAGAUGCUUUCUUGCGCAACCUUGAUUCUGGCGCAGAGCGGCGGUCGCUACGCCGUCAGCUACAGGCUUUUGAGGACCUAGUUCCGCAAAUUGCAUCGGAGGUGAGGCGCAUCGAACGAGAGAUUGCAGAAGCUAGAUUAGAGCUAUUUCGCCUCAAGGAUGCCAAGGAUCAUCCUAACAGUGCCUCUAACAUCGUUGGCACAGGGCCCGGGGGUGCUGUGACUGAGGCUGAUCGCAUAAAGGCACGGGCGCGUGCGAGGAUGCAGGCCCGCGCUGCCGAACUCGCUGGAAGGCCUACCCCGCCUUCCCAGGAUGAUGAUGGAGCUGCUGCUCGUCGCCUCGAAGCCGAAGCUGCCAAAGUGAAGGCUGAGCGGGAGAAAAAUGAGACGAUGACUCGCGAUGUAGAAGUUAGCGUGAAAGAAUUCGCACAUAGUCUUGAAGACAGCCUCAAAGACGGUGGCGAGAGUUCCACACGUGAGCACGAAAGAAGACGUUGGGAAGAUGCCUUGGGUGUGGAAGAUGUUAUUCGGGACUUGAUUUACGACUUGAAACGCGGUAGCCGCACUGCCCAUAUUCGUAAGGAUGAACAAUCUGGGCCAGCUACUGGCAAAGACCAGCGCCAAUAUGAUGACGAUAGAUUGUCCCCGAACGUACCUGCCGUACGCUCCUCCCCCGUCUCCACAGGCUCUAUGGGAUCAUUGCCUGGCUCUACACAUGAGGAUCGGGUGGCGGCUGCCAGGGAGCGUGCACAAAAACGCAUUGCUGAGCGAAUGGCAGCCGCCGGCCUGAAGCCUCAAAAUGACGCCAUUGAAACUCUUGCCCAGCGUCAGGAGCGAGAGAAGAGGGAACGAGAAGAACGGUUAAGGCGAGCCGAAGAGGAAGAUGCCAAGCGGGAACAAGAGAGACAGCGACGUCUGGCUGAAGAGCAACGAGGACCCGUGAUAAAUUCCAAACCAGCUGGCAAGAAGCCUCCACCAGCACCACCUUCGAGGAGAGUCCGCACCGACAGUGCGGACCAGGUUGAUGCGAAGAAAGCUGCCAAUGCAGUAGCCGAAACAGAACAGUCGAAUCGUGAACAAGCCAUCAAAGUGGAGCAGCGUGCACUGGAAGAAGAGACUAUGCGCUUAGAGUCUGAGGCCGAACUGCGUGAGAAGGAGUUGAUGAAGGAGAAAGAGGCACAGGAAGCGCGCCUUGCUGCACUUCAGGAGCAGGUUAUGCAAGGCAAGAUAAAGAAGCAGGAAGAGAAACGAAGAAAGGAAGAUGCAAUUCGCGCGGCAAAGGAGCAGGAAGCAAGACUUGCAGCUCAGCGUGCUGAGCUUGAAAUGGCACGAGAAAGAGAGCGACAGCUUCAAUUGGAGUUGGAAGGCCUUGAGCAGGAAAGUUCUUCAGAUGAGGAAGGCCCCGAAGAUGUCGUUGCUCGGGAUGCCACACCGACUCAAAGUCAAGUCUUUCCCGCGGAACUAACCACUGCGCUUCCAGCCUCCAGCACAAUCUCAGCGCCGCCAGCAGAUUCCGUCGUCAGUCCCGGCCAGUCCUGCGCGGGUAAUCUCAGCCCCGAGGCUGAAUCCAAGAAUCCCUACUUCAAGAAAAUUGGUCAGGGUCCAGAAAUUCCUGCUGCUUCUCAGCCGGUUUCUCAUCCCACAACAAGCGUGCCUUCAAAAGCCGAUUCCCAGUCCACGAACCCUUUCCAUCGAUUAGCGCAACAACAGGAGAGCAUCAAACCGACUUUCGCUGCUCCUGGACCUUUGGAACGCAAAUCGCGUGUCCGUCCUGAGGCAGACGAUGACUGGUCUGCAGCAGGGUCAGACUUCGAUUCCUCUGAUGACGACGAUGACGAACGCCCUGGAGGUGGCAGUGCGAAGCAGCUCGCCAGUAUCUUAUUCGGUACUAUGGCUCCUCCGCGGCCCUUGAGUGCCAUGGAUGACAAGCCUUCGUCGAAAUCGUCCAUUUCUGUACCAGAUAUCCCGAUAGGACCACAAGUGCCAUCCGCUGAGAAAGAAGAUACGGUUUCUGGAACUGAGGGAGAGCCCUCGCCACCUCCACCACCCCCUCCCCCUCCCCCGCUGCCUGUUUUGAGCGUCGAGCCUGCUGCUCCGCCGCCGCCGCCGCCGCCGCCGCCACCGCCUCCUGCACCCGGCAUGGCCCCUCCUGCUCCACCUCCGGGUAUCCCUCCGCCACCUGCACCCCCAUCGGCACCAGCGGGUGCAAUGGACCGAGGUGCUUUGCUAGCCUCCAUCCAGGCAGGUAAAGGGCUCAGGAAAGUGCAGACCAAUGACCGAAGCAUCAGUUCUACCGCAGGUCGUGUUUUAGACUAA